AUGUAUAGCCAAGAAAGCUGUCAUAUAAAUUCAAAUUAUUAUAAGCAGACACUACAGGAUCUUCCCAACACGGAUUAUGAGGAGAACGAAUUUCAAAAUGGUGCUUCGGCGCAACGGUUCGCAGGAUAAUAGAAGCUGCGCAGUUGCUAUAAUCACGCGUCUCGAUGUAAACAAGAGAGUGAAAUUUGACAACUGGAAGUGCUGAGUAAGCCAGAGAGUGUCAUGCUACCACAAACCGGAGGUACGCUUAUACUGACGAAAAUAAUUGUUUCCAAAAUGUCUUUAUCCGUAGUUUAAAGCAGCGAGUUUUAUCGAAAUUAUUUUGUAUCUGUUCGUGUAAGUUAGUUAACAAUCUUUUUACAAAGGUAGCAGUUAGUGUUUUAGCAGCUAGUCUGCUGCUGAUCUCUUCUGAGUGACGUCUGUUUUAAUGCGGGGUUUUUCUAUCUGUCGAAUACCUGCCAAAUACCAGCUAUACAUUUUACCAUAAUAUUCUUUUGAAAACAGAUUUAAACAGUGUUUUUUAAACCGACCAAUAAAAGUGUCGUCUGCUAAAAUGAUGGAACCCCAGGACAAUAUUGAAGAGGAUGACACCGCAUCAUCAGCAUCAGCAUCCCCGCCACCCCGGUCUCUGCCCCGUCAGCGCGUCUCUCUGCAGAAGAGCAGCGUGUGUUCUCGUUCUUACUUCAUGGUGGUGAUGGUUUUCUUCCACGUUUACAUCAUCAAUGUCAUUGCACUUCUGCUGUAUGUUCAUUAUAAUAACGGCUCUAACACAAGCACGGCAAACCUGGAUUUUACAAACAGAGAUAACAGUCAUAAAGUUACCGGACCGUCAGAUGCGCAGACCCCUUCAGACUCGGGCUUCCCUCGAAAUAUGUAUCUUCCUCGCAUUGAAGGAAUACGGGUGGGACAUGUCCAAAAAGUGUCACUGGUACCAGGGAAAGUCCAUGAAAUGAAGACACUCAGUCUAAAGCCCCUUCUGUUUGAGAUCCCUGGCUUUCUAUCAGAGGAGGAGUGUGGUGUAGUUGUGCGUUUGGCUCAGCUGAAGGGUUUGAUGGAGAGUCAGGUUAUGGUCCCUGAAGGUCAAGAGGAACUUAAUCAGCAGCUUAACCUCAGUCCUGAGGAAAUCUUCAAUUUCCUUGACCUCAACCAAGAUGGCCAACUACAACCUCAUGAGAUAUUGACACACUCUCGAGUGAGAGAUGGAAUCUGGUUAACUUCUGAGAACCUUAAGGAAAUCUAUGAUGGCCUAAAAGUUGAUCAGGAUGGAAAUGGUCUCUUGAGUUUAGAGGAGUUUGGGCGUCUGAGAAGUGAUGCCUUUCAGCGUUUUCUGCUACAACGUGGGGUAGAAAGGAGCCAGCUGGUGAGGAACAGCAGACACACCUGGCUCUACCAGGGUCAGGGAGCACAUCAGGUUCUUCAAGACCUCCGCAAAAGAGUCACUCGUUUAACACGACUGCCAUCCUCUCUGGUGGAGUUAAGUGAACCUUUACAAGUAGUGCGCUAUGAGCAGGGCGGCCAUUACCACGCUCAUCAUGACAGUGGGCCUGUGUACCCUGAAACAACCUGCACACACACUCGCCUUGCUGCCAAUACCACCUCCCCAUUCCAGACUUCCUGCAGGUACAUCACGGUUCUGUUUUACCUUAGUAAUGUAGAAGAAGGGGGGGAGACCACCUUUCCAGUGGCAGAUAAUAGGACUUAUGAAGAAGUGUCACUGAUACAGAACGAUGUGGAUCUGUUGGACACCAGGAAGCAUUGUGAUAAAGGCAACCUGAGAGUGAAGCCCAUUAAGGGGACGGCAGUUUUCUGGUAUAACUAUCUCUCCGAUGGUAGAGGUUGGGUGGGUGAACAGGAUGAGUAUUCUCUUCAUGGUGGCUGUGUGGUGACACGAGGGACUAAGUGGGUUGCCAAUAAUUGGAUCAAUGUCGAUCCAGACUACCAGCGACAGGCACGCUAUCAACAAUUUGUUUCUCAACAAGAGACACAAGAGCAAGAAGAACUGAACUCAGACCAACACAUUGAAACACACCAAGACUUGUAAACACACACAUAUCCAGGUACAACAAUGAACAUAUAUACACAUUCACUUCUGUGUAAUGAUCUUUUUAUAGUCCCUCACUUUCUCUUUCACACACAUGGCAGAAAAUCACUAUACACACACGCCUUUGCAUCACUCAAACACCCUGAAGCACUGACGACCUCAUACCAACAAACACACAAAAAUACACUCAUCCUUUGUAUAUUUUUAAUCUGGUUCACUCUUCCACACAAAUGCACACUAUAGAAAUGUAGCCCUACAAACAUUUCCUCGUAUUCAGAAUUGAAUGAGCUUUACCCAGCCUUCAGCGGUCCCAGUGUCUGAACUGGAACCUGUGUUGGGUUGGAUUCAGGGAUAAACAGCCUGAUAUUUAUGCAAUUGUGAAAGACAAUGCUACUGUUCCUAAUGUAGAUAUUUGAAGGCAUUAUUAUUCCCAUUAAAUGGGAAUGCAGCCAUAUUUGACAACUUUGUUUACAUACAGAUUGACACUCUACUGUACCUUCCAAAGGCCGUACACCGCAGCUAAGCGUUAAAUGCAGUGAUAGUAAAUAGAAGAGCAUCCGAGAUGUGUAUCUCUUCCCUGGUGGGAUGAUAGUUAUGACUAGCGACUUUGGCAACCUCCAGCAAAUAAAGCACAGUCAGUGCUAAAGCAACUUCACAAUUGUGGGAGGAUGUAGUGUGUAUGUGGCCAAAGAAUGUGUAAAAUAUAUAUAUAUAUAUAUAUAUUGUUGCUUUCUACUGAAGUGACAUUUUAACUGACAUCAAAAUCACUAAACACUUUGGUGUUAUCUGCAGGUGCACUCAGCAUUAACUAGUUGUAGUUCUGUCAAUGGAGUACAGGUUAGUUUAUUAUCAUAACUAGUAACUAAAAAUAAUUAAUAGUUUUAACCUAUGUAACAUCUAUUCAGCCUCCAUCUCUGCAAGGACGUUUCUUACACUUAUUCCCGCUCAGAUAUUCCUGAAAAGAAGCAUGUAAACUUGCACAAUCUUGUAUGAUUUGAUUAUGUUUUACUUUGUUAAUUGCAAUGCAUCCAAAGACUGACUGAAGUUAACUUAUUUUAUUUAUUUGUUGGAGUUAAAUAAAUCACAUUGUUGCUGUUAAAAUGCACAGAAUCACUUUGUUGAAUAAAUUAUUAAAAUGA